CACAUCGAAUGAGUGGACUGCUAAUACCUCGUGCGGCUGGAUCAAUAGCACUUCAACAAUUCAAAGUUCAGAAAAAGCACUGGAAUUUGAGAGCAGAUUAUUUGCAUUAACAUGCAGCUGCAACUUUAUUUACUUCCUUUACAUUUUUUUGUCCUUUUUUUUAAAGCAUUUUAUGUAAGUUGAUGGUCGUCUGGGAUCUUGUGGGAGAAUUGACAAAGACGGAUGCUGAAAGCUAUCAUUCAUCUCCUCCUGCAGGUGCUGUUAUGUUCAUCUUUCCUACCACAACAUAAGGAAUGUUUUUGUAACUUAACUACUAGAACUCCUAGUGACACUAACCCGCUUGUGUGGAUUUAAAAAAAAAAAAAAAUGGCAUUUGGCGACCUUUUGGAGCAGGUGGGCGGCACAGGCCGCUUCCAGGUCCUGCAUGUGACCCUGCUCUGUAUUCCAGUGCUACUGAUGGCCAGUCAUAACCUGCUGCAGAAUUUUGUGGCGGCUGUACCUCCUCACUACUGCAGUGCACACGCAAACAUCUCUCAGCUACAGCUUAGCCUGAGAGAAAUCCUGACAGUCACAGUGCCUUUAGACCAAACCGGCAAGCAUCAGAGCUGUCGACGCUACGUUAUUCCACAGUGGCACCUUCUGGACAAAAAUGACACUUUGAAACAAGAAGAACAGGAAAAUUUUGAUGUUGAUGCAAGCCUCCAGGGAUGCUUAGAUGGAUGGUCCUAUAAUAUGACUGGGAUGACUUCCACAAUCAUAGCAGAGUGGGAUUUGGUGUGCGAUCUACGCUCUUUGAAACAAAUGGGCCAAACAAUCUACAUGGGAGGUGUUCUUGUGGGAUCCAUUGUCUUGGGAAGUCUUGCAGACAAGUUUGGGCGACGCAGGCUUUUGAUCAUUUCUCACCUGUUGAUGGCAGUGGCUGGGACCUGUGCUGCUUUCUCCACAUCCUUCCCAGUGUUCUGCCUUUGCCGAUUUGGUUGCGGAAUGGCUCUGUCAGGGCUGGCCCUCAAUACUUUCUCUCUCAUUGUAGAGUGGAUUCCAACCCGCGUGCGGACUGGAGUGGGAACUCUCACGGGUUACUGUUACACGAUGGGACAGUUGAUCCUGGCGGCUAUUGCUUAUUUCGUUCGAGAUUGGAGAUGGCUGACCUUGGUUGUGUCUUUACCCUUUUAUGUCUUCUUCCUCUACUCAUGGUGGUUUCAUGAAUCUUCAAGAUGGUUGGUCCUGAGCCGAAACUAUGACCGAGGCAUCAAGAAUCUCAAAAGUGUUGCAAAAAUCAAUGGACGCCAUGAGGAAGGAGACAAAAUUGACAUCAAAAUGGUGCAGGAGUCCAUGAAGAAAGAGAUGUCAUGCUCACAAGGCUCCUACACUGUCUUGGAUCUGUUCCGCACUCCCACAAUGAGGACGAUGACAAUCUGUCUUAGUGCUGUCUGGCUAUCAACAAGCUUUGCGUACUAUGGGCUUGCUAUGGACCUCCAGAAGUUUGGAGUGGACUUCUAUUUAAUCCAGGUCCUCUUUGGAGCAGUGGACAUUCCCGCCAAGGUCAUCAUAACUUUGACAAUGAGCUUUAUCGGACGCCGUCCAUCCCAAAUUGGUGCACUUGUCAUUGCGGGACUCACCGUACUGAUGAACCUGAUGGUACCUGAUGACCAACAGACGCUGCGUACGUCUCUCGCCGUCUUGGGUAAAGGCUGCCUUGCUGCUUCCUUCAGCUGCUGUUUCCUUUUCUCUGGCGAGCUCUUCCCCACCAUAAUUCGUCAGAAUGGAAUGGGCUGGGUAUCCAUGAUGGCUCGUAUCGGAGCAAUGGUGGCCCCGAUGGUGCUUCUAAGUGGUGACUUCAUACCUUGGCUGCCGGGUAUGAUCUACGGAGGAGCUCCCAUCAUCAGCGGCGUGGCAGCCAUAUUCCUCCCAGAAACACUUGGAUCACCGCUUCCUGACACAAUACAGGACGUGGAAGACAGGGGGUCUGGGAGAGUGUCCAAAACGGCACAAAAGGAGGCAGCCGUUCUGCAAGACACGCAACUGAAUCUCCUGAAGCAGAUUGUGUGAAGGCAUCGGAAUUGUGUUACUGAGUAACUGUCAAACUUGAGUGCGCAUGUGUUUCUGCAGCUGUAUUGGCAGUGAUUUUACUUAAUCCUUCUGUAUGACUGCCAGAAUUAUAGAGACUGAUGCUAGUUAUAGACAGGUCAAUUGUGGGUGGGGAGAAAAAUCACAUGGUUUUACAGUAGCAUUGAGGACUUUAGUGAUGCUGGGGCCUCAUAAUGUUUCUAUUCGAAAUCACCCGGACGAAGUUCUUUAGAUGUACAAAAGAAGAAGAAAAGCACCAUCUUGUGUGUGUUUGCUGAUGUCAUAGAGUAUAAAUUUCAACUCAUUUUAUAGCAACACACAAAAGUUUGCGAGACUUGGUUCUGUCAGUUUCAGGAUGACCCCAGCACUUUAAACAAUGCAGUCGAAAUUAAUUUGACCUUCUCUUGAAGUUGACUUUGUCGUUCAGCUCCAUGGCAAACGUGGCAAAAGUUUAGCCAGCUAAACCCUUUAGGUCAAUUAAAAAUACAGUACGUCUGCAGAAAUGUGUUAAACCAUCAGUACAACACGUACGGGACUAAAUGGAUCAACCCCAGAAGCAAACAGGACGGCAAUUUUAGAUCAUGUACAACCCUAGACA